AUGAUGAUGGCAGAGCUCGACGAUGAAACGCAGUCACUGGUGCAACGGCUCUACGAUGCGUGGAGUACUAACGCGAAUUCAACAUUCUACCUCGGUCUUUGCGACCAACUACUCGCCCAACAUGAACGGGUCAAUACAUGCAUAGCAACCUUGAAGACUGUCAUUACUGUUUCAUGUCCUCAGAUCAAUGAGACGGAACGAUAUCUCGCUCCGAGAUGGGAGGGGCUAUUCACCCUGGCAGAUUCGAUUGAUUCCAGUGCUCAGGAGGAAGACGGUAGUCUCGGAAAACGAAAGCGCGGGUACAAUGAGGUUCAUCGUCUGCGCAAUCUGGCUGUAGUCUGCGCGUUGUGGUCGCCUGCCGUGGUUCAUUAUUAUGGUUGGAAUACUGCCGCUCAAGGUUGUCUGCGACUUUUGAAGACUUGCGCUCUGCAAUACCCAAACUUCAGUAGGCAGUUUCGCCCGUACCUCAAUCGUGUCCUACUCGACAGAAAUUGCCAGGCCAUCAUCUCCGGUCGUCUGAAGAACCUCAAUGAAGCCCCAGUGCAAUACCAUAGGGAUUUGAAUAUCAUGAUAGCAGGCGGUGUCAUCCCUGAUCCAGGGAUCGAGGAACUAUGGGUGACUAGCUUCGAUGGAACGGCACCUGUCGAUCUGAAUGGCCGUCUUCUCAAAGAUUUGAGACCAUACCACGUUCACCAAUACCUCCUGCGCCGCGACCGUUAUGGCAUGCUGGUUACCAGAGGAGAUUGCCAAGACAUCCAGACAGUCGUUCACCAACAGUCCGACUUCUCAAAUACACCUUCACGUCAUCAGGGACGGACGAAGUUUUCGAUAACUUUGCGCUCAAUGACCAAAAUAAACCUUUAG